GAGUUUGACACCAUUGGUCGCUUGAGUCCUCUUCCUUCUGGAGUCUAUAACUUGGACGACCUCAGGACUUUUGGACGACAAAAAAACUGGUGUCCCUAUUACCUUGCCCGUCACGCGUUGUCACAGUGCAAUGUGAUUGUAUACAGCUAUCACUACCUGCUCGACCCAAAGAUUGCUGAUCUUGUGUCUCGAGAACUUUCCAAGAAAGCUGUAGUGGUGUUUGACGAAGCUCAUAAUAUAGACAAUGUUUGUAUAGACUCAAUGAGUGUCACCAUCACGCGACGGACCCUAGAGCGCUGUCAGAACAACAUUGAAACACUCAAUACUGCUAUACAGAAAAUUAAAGACACAGAUGAGAAGAAACUGAAGGAGGAAUACCAUCGAUUGGUAGAGGGUCUGCGAGAGGCCAAUGUUGCCCGUGAGACAGAUGUUUAUCUAUCUAAUCCUGUCCUACCUGAUGAGAUCCUACAAGAGGCUGUGCCCGGAUGUAUCAGAAACGCCCUGCACUUCUUGGGUUUCCUAAAACGGUUGGUGGGCUACAUCAAGUCUCGGUUGCGCUCUGGUCAUGUGACACAAGAGGGCCCAGCUGCCUUCUUGAGGGACAUCUUUGAGAAGGUUUGCAUUGAAAGAAAGCCAAUGAGGUUCUGUGCAGAGCGCCUACGCUCACUCACACGCACUCUAGAGAUUGCCGACAUCACAGACUUAUCGCCCCUCACACUCGUCACCAACUUUUCCACCCUUGUCAGUACAUACACAAAAGGUUUUAUGAUAAUUAUCGAGCCCUUCGAGGACAGAACGCCAACUAUCAGUAACCCAGUCUUACACUUCAGCUGUCUCGAUGCAUCUCUUGCCAUUAAACCAGUUUUUCAAAGAUUCCAGUCUGUAGUCAUCACAUCUGGGACGUUGUCCCCACUGGAAAUCUACCCCAAGAUCCUGGAUUUCCGGCCAGUUACUAUGGCAACGUUCACAAUGACCCUAGCCCGAGUCUGUUUGUGCCCCAUGGUUGUUGGUCGGGGGAAUGAUCAAGUUUCAAUGAGUUCCAAGUUUGAGACCCGAGAGGAUCUGGCUGUCAUGCGCAAUUAUGGGAACCUCCUCCUAGAAAUGUCUUCUGUGGUGCCCGACGGGAUUGUGGGAUUUUUCACUAGCUACCAGUAUAUGGAGAACAUUGUGGCCUCGUGGUAUGAACAGGGCAUCUUAGAGAACAUUCAGAGAAACAAGCUGAUCUUCAUUGAGACACAGGACGGGGCGGAGACCAGUGUUGCUCUUGAGAAAUAUCAGGAGGCCUGUGAGAACGGACGGGGAGCCAUUUUGUUGUCAGUCGCACGCGGAAAAGUAUCAGAGGGGAUCGACUUUGUACAUCAUUUUGGCAGAUGCGUCAUUAUGUUCGGGGUACCGUACGUUUACACCCAGAGUCGUAUAUUAAAGGCACGACUUCAGUUCCUCCGUGAUCAGUUCAAUUUGCGGGAGAACGACUUCCUAACAUUUGACGCCAUGAGACACGCAGCUCAGUGUGUGGGUCGUGCCAUUCGAGGGAAAACAGAUUACGGCAUUAUGCUGUUUGCAGAUAAGAGGUACGCACGUGCAGAUAAACGAGGGAAGCUUCCCCUCUGGAUUCAGGAACAUCUGACAGAUGCCAACCUCAACCUCACAUUGGACGAGAGUGUUCACCUGGCCAAGCACUUUCUGAGAGACAUGGCGCAACCGUUCCGCAGGGAGGACCAGCUUGGGCUUUCGCUUUUAACCCUCGAGCAGCUGCAGUCAGAGGAAAUGCUACAAAAAAUCCAAGAGAUUGCUCACCAGGUGUGAGACCAAACAGUGUAACAGCCAGAGGUUGCUGAAGAGACCUUUAGACAUCUAGAGACUCCUGUGCAAGAUUUUCUGACACACAGAGACUGCUUGGGGAGACUUAGACACGGCCAGGAAUUGCAUGGGAACAUUUUGAAACAUCCAAAGAUCACCCAGGGAGAAUUUCAGGCAUCUGAAUGCUGACCCAGAAGCCACUAAGCACUUGCAAGACCUUUAGCUAAUCAGAGGCCGAUCAUCAGCUCUUGUAGUGCAGAGACUUACACUAGUGACAGACUUGGCACAAUAGCCUUAAACUAUCCUGACAUCAACUGUAUCUUGUGAGACUGCAAAACCCAGAGACUGUGAGACACCCAGCAAAACCCAGAGACUGUGAGACACCCAGCAAACCCCAGAGACUGUGAGACACCCAGCAAACCCCAGAGACUGUGAGACAGCCAGCAAAACCCAGAGACUGUGAGACAGCCAGCAAAACCCCAGAGACUGUGAGACACCCUGCAAACCCCAGAGACUGUGAGACAGCCAGCAAAACCCAGAGACUGUGAGACAGCCAGCAAAACCCCAGAGACUGUGAGACACCCUGCAAAACCCAGAGACUGUGAGACACCCAGCAAACCCCAGAGACUGUGAGACACCCAGCAAAACCCAGAGACUGUGAGACAGCCAGCAAACCCCAGAGACUGUGAGACAGCCAGCAAACCCCAGAGACUGUGAGACACCCAGCAAACCCCAGAGACUGUGAGACACCCAGCAAAACCCAGAGACUGUGAGACACCCAGCAAAACCCAGAGACUGUGAGACAGCCAGCAAACCCCAGAGACUGUGAGACAGCCAGCAAACCCCAGAGACUGUGAGACAGCCAGCAAAACCCCAGAGACUGUGAGACAGCCAGCAAACCCCAGAGACUGUGAGACAGCCAGCAAACCCCAGAGACUGUGAGACACUCAGCAAAACCCAGAGACUGUGAGACAGCCAGCAAAACCCAGAGACUGUGAGACAGCCAGCAAACCCCAGAGACUGUGAGACAGCCAGCAAACCCCAGAGACUGUGAGACAGCCAGCAAACCCCAGAGACUGUGAGACAGCCAGCAAACCCCAGAGACUGUGAGACAGCCAGCAAACCCCAGAGACUGUGAGACACUCAGCAAAACCCAGAGACUGUGAGACAGCCAGCAAAACCCAGAGACUGUGAGACAGCCAGCAAACCCCAGAGACUGUGAGACAGCCAGCAAACCCCAGAGACUGUGAGACAGCCAGCAAACCCCAGAGACUGUGAGACACUCAGCAAAACCCAGAGACUGUGAGACACUCAGCAAAACCCAGAGACUGUGAGACACUCAGCAAAACCCAGAGACUGUGAGACACCCAGCAAAACCCAGAGACUGUGAGACACCCAGCAAAACCCAGAGACUGUGAGACACCCAGCAAAACCCAGAGACUGUGAGACACCCAGCAAAACCCAGAGACUGUGAGACACCCAGCAAAACCCAGAGACUGUGAGACACCCAGCAAAACCCAGAGACUGUGAGACACCCAGCAAAACCCAGAGACUGUGAGACACCCAGCAAAACCCAGAGACUGUGAGACUGCAAAACCCAGAGACUGUGAGACACCCAGUAAAACCCAGAGACUGUGAGACACCCAGCAAACCCCAGAGACUGUGAGACACCCAGCAAACCCCAGAGACUGUGAGACUUCUGCAUCCAUUACUGAACUGAACGUUAGUCUUUUCUUUGUUGCAUAUAAAAGCUGAUAUUUUUUUUUAUAGUUUUAUUUCUGAAAAACAAAUGUUUCUGACCUUAAUUAAACUACCUUUUCUUA